GAAGAUGACAGAUUGAAACAGUCAAGUCUUGUCUGAGAGUCAUUGAAACCGAGAAAUAUUUUACAUUUUAAUGAUAAAAUAGUUUGGUUAUAGAAUCGUUUUUAAAUCUCAGGGAGCCGAAUAAGGAAAUAUAUUUAUUUAAAUACACAAAAAAUAAUAUUGAGGAUCAUUAGUUGUUGUAUCUUUACGAGAAAUUACCAUUCGGAUCCAUUUGUUCAGGGUGACAACAAAUACUUCAAGCUUACAAGACACAGCAUUUUUUUCUCCAUAAUAUUUGGGAAGUCUUGAGCAACCAAUCAUGGGAGACUGGGGGUUCCUCUCAGCUUUACUGGACAAAGUACAGUCCCACUCCACCGUCAUCGGCAAGAUAUGGAUGAGCGUCCUCUUCAUCUUCAGGAUCCUGGUGCUGGGAGCAGCGGCGGAGAACGUGUGGGGUGACGAGCGAUCCAACUUAGUAUGCAACACCAACACCCCUGGUUGUGAGAACGUGUGCUAUGACUGGAAGUUCCCCAUCUCGCAUAUUCGCUUCUGGGUAAUGCAGAUCAUCUUUGUUUCCACUCCAACUUUGGUAUAUCUGGGCCACGUGGUGCACGUCAUCCACCAAGAGAACAAACUGAGAGAGGAGCAGAAAAUAAACCCGAUGUCAAAGUCACCAAAAUAUACAAACGAAAAAGGGAAGGUUGAAAUCAAAGGAAGCAUGCUGGGUAGCUACUUGACCCAGCUGUUUAUAAAAAUAAUUUUAGAGGUGGCUUUCAUCGUUGGACAGUAUUAUCUGUUUGGAUUUAUCAUGGAUCGUAAGUUCAACUGUAAGCGGUUGCCUUGUACAGUGGAGACUGAGUGUUUCGUGUCUAGACCCACAGAGAAAACCGUCUUCAUUAUCUUCAUGUUGGUGGUGGCAUGUGUGUCUCUGGCCUUAAAUGUUCUAGAAAUAUUCUAUUUGCUUUGUAAGAGGAUAAGUGGGAGAAAUAAGAAAUAUAGGAAUGCAAUUCAUACUAGCAAUUCUCAAUAUCCUUCACCUUUUUCAGUAGAACUUGAUACUGUCAAUGGAAUAAGGCACAAUGAGUUAAACAUGGCCUUUCAGAACAGAUAUGGUCAAAGCAAAGGCAGCCUUGAUGGAGCCAAACCUGAGCCAUAAGGCAAUUAGUCACUGUGGUAACAU